AUGGUUGAGGAGUUCUUUACAGUCGACGCCCCUCUGUACCAAGAAUGUCAUGAAUUCUUUCAAAGGCUAAACCAACAUAUUCGAGGUGCCAGCAACGAGCAUGGGGUAACCGACAUUGAUACUGGUACUAUUCCAGAGGCUGGCUACAAUGCCCAAUGCCAGGCCUGGCAGCAAGCAGCAAAUCAGUCAUUCGCAAGUAACUCCGCAGAGGAGUUUUGGGAGGCUUUCCAUAAGACCCGCGAUCUUAUAAGUGCCUUCAACAAACGAUAUUUUCUUCCUCGGGCUUGGAAUAUCAGGGCAUCGUGGGCCGAGCAAAUCAUUAAGACACCAAAUCCUAGGGCUGAGGAAGAUACCAGCUCCACUUCUGAUAGUGGCGACAUCCAGUCUGACUCGACCCGCGAUCAGCUCCCAGCCGGUGAAGAGUCUAGUUCCGAAUCUAGUGCCGAAUCAGACAUUGAGUUUGAUAUGGAAGAGGUCGAUGUUCCCUUCGAUGUUCUGCAAGCAAAAGAACCGGAAACUGAGCGACUUUCGGCCAGUACCCUUAUUUUCCAUCAUGACAAAUUGCUUCUCUGUCAACGGGCUCCACACGGCAAAGAUGAUAACGGCAACUACAAAGAGAACUCAUGGGCCUUCUCCUGGGAGGUAGCGGGGGGGUCCAAAGAGAUAGUCGAUAAAACUAUUUUGAGUACUGCCGUACGUGAGACAAAAGAAGAAGUCAACUUGCACGGCUCGCGCGUUUCUUCUCAGGUCUACAAGGAUUCGUGGAUACAUAAGGGAGUUCCGAUGACAAGAUACACAUUUGUUAUGGAAGUUCGUGAGCAACUCACGGUCGAGCGAAGAUGGUGCGACACGAAACAGCAGCCCGUCGGCACAAACGAAGGGCCUAUACGGUUAAGGGGAGAUGAACACCUCGAUUACUGUUGGGUCACGGAAGCUCAAAUACGUCACUCACCUCCAUACGAUGAAAAUGAUUCCCGGCACCAAAGAGGACUUGCUAUACUCGAAAGCAAGAAAGAUAUAAUCCUCCAUGCGUUCAGGGAACGGAAAGAUUCUCAGGUUGAUAUGGAAGGUUAUGUUUGGACAGAAAGCAUGGAGAUCUGA